AUGUACGAUUAUACCGAGUAUCGAGUUCUGAAUGAUAGCAUAAAGACUUGUAACUCCACUGAUAACUACGUACGGAAUAUUUGGAAAGUACGCAAUAAAUGGGUAAAGGUGAAAAUACAUCAAAAAAGUUGCAAUAAACCCAUUACAGAGUCUUGGUUCCGAAAUUACUACACUGUAAAUAAGCAGUUCACUGUCUAUUUGGGACGCCGUGGUCAAUAUUUCACAAGAAAUGAGUAUGGAGUGGAAGACGGUAAACCUUAUACAUGCGAAGAAAAGUUAAGAUCCGAAUCAACAGAGUAUACCCAGGAAGAUCUAUUAAUUUGCAACGAUUCAAUCAUCAGUAUAACAUACGAUGAUGAACACAAAGUUCGGACUGACUUUUCAAUGUUCUAUAAAAACAAGGUGUACAAUUAUACGGAGUAUCGAGUUCUGAAUGAUGGCAUAAAGAUUUGUAACUCCACUGAUACCUACGUACAAAAUAUUUGGAAACUUCGUAAUUACUGGGUAAAGGAAGAAAUGCAUCGUAAAAGUUGCAAGAAACCCAUCAGGACAUUUUGGUUGUACCGAAAGUAUUACACUGUGAAUAAGCAGUUCAGUGUCUAUUCGGGAGGUGAUGGUCAUUAUUUUACAAGAAAUGACUAUUGGCUGGACGACGGCAAACUUACAAUAUGCGAAGAAAACAACAGACCCGAUUCAACAGAGUAUACCCAGGAAGAUCUAUUAAUGUGCAACGAUUCAAUCAUCGAUAUAAAAUACGAUGAUGAAUACAAAGUUCGGACUGACUUUUCAAUCCUCUAUAAGAACAAGAUGUACGAUUAUACUGAGUAUCGAGUUCUGAAUGAUAGCAUAAAGAUUUGUAACUCUACUAACAUCUACGUAAGGAAUAUGUGGAAAGUACGCAAUAAAUGGGUGAAGGCGGGAACGCAUCAAAAAAGUUGCAAUAAACCCAUCCGGGAGUAUUGGUUGUACCGAGAGUAUUACAUUGUGAAUAAGCACUUCACUGUCUAUUCCGCAGGUGAAAGUCAAUAUUUCACAAGAAAUGAGUAUGGACUGGAAGACGGUAAACCUUAUAUAUGCGAUGAGAAGUUCAGACCCGAAUCAACAGAGUAUACCCAGGAAGAUCUAUUAAUGUGCAAGGAUUCAAUCAUCAAUAUAAAAUACGAUGAUGAAUACAAAGUUCGGACUGACUUUUCAAUACUCUAUAAGAACAAUGUGUACGAUCGAGUUCUGAAUGAUAGCAUAAAGAUUUGUAACUCCAUUAAUAACUACGUAAAUAAUAUUUGGAAAGUACGCAAUAAAUGGGUAAAGGCGACAAUACAUGAAAAAAGUUGCAAUAAACCCAUUACAUACACUGUGUUCGACCGAUGGGAAUACACUGUGCUCAAGGACUUUAGAGUUCAGAUUUUGGCAACAAAGCAGCUAGUAACAAAGUACGAUUAUGCUGUGUUUGAAGGUGAACUUGAAACAUGUGUGACUGAAUGCGCUAAUUUUACCUUUACUAUAAAAUAUGAAAAUGAUUACAGAGUAUGGAACAACUUCUCAAUGAUGUACCAAGGUCGAAUGUACUCUUACGAUGAGUACAGAACAAUGGACGAUGGUCUACACGUUUGUAAUUCUUCUGACCGUCUCAUUAAAGAAAAAUGGCGGAAUUUCAUUGUUUGGGAAAAGAUAACGAUACCUUUCAUCAACCAUUGCAAUGUAUCUGUGGACGGUUUUUACUCCGAAAAUUACACAUUACAUACAAACUUUACUGUUUUCUUCAAACCUACCGAUCAAAAUUUCGCCAGACAAGAUUAUGGAGUGAUUUUGGGAUAUUUUGCAAUUUGUUCGUCAAAACUUAGAUUGUCCUGCAAUGAUGAUUUGGUCAAAGUAAAGUACGAUGAACAGUACAAUGUUUUUAAAAACUUUUCGCUGUUUUACCACAACAAGAUAUACGAUUAUCGCGAAUAUCGAUUAACUCACGACAGUCUUGAAAUGUGUGGUUCCGAUGAUUCAAGAGUUCAGGCGAUUUGGAGAACGGGAAAUUCGUGGCAAAAGUCAUUACCCGCAUCCUGUUACGGUUCUUAUAAAUUAAAUGCAAGAUACUACGCUGUGACUAAUCAGUUUGCUGUGUAUUCGGCAGAUAACGGUCAAUAUUUCAAAAGAAAUGACUAUGCGGUGAUAGACGGUAAACCUUAUGUAUGCGGCAAAGAAAACUUAAGACCAGCAUACGUAAUUACAAACUUUAGGAUUAUUAUAGCACCAUUAUGUGCUUUAGCGCUCUCUAUUAUUUCUUUACUGUUGUUGUUGAUAGUUUACUGCAUGCUUCCAGAACUGCGCACACUUCCUGGUUUGAAUUUAAUGAGUUUUAGCUUCGCCUUGCUGUUGUGGCAGACUUACCUUGUAGUAUUUUUGUCACUGUAUUCUCAUGUAGGUAAACUGUUUGAUAUACCGUGUGCUAGGCUGUUUGUAGCAAAUAAGUUUAUGACGUAUAGCAUAAUUAUGAACGCUGCUGUUAACAUCUAUCACUUAAGGAAAACAUUUUGCGGCAAUACUCUGGUGAAAUCUGAUGAACUGAAGAAGUGGAACAGGUUUUUGAAGUAUAGUUUCUUUAGCUGGGGAGUUCCCGUCAUAAUAACGAUUGUUUACAUUGUACUAAUAAAGGAAGAUGUUCUAAGGUUUGAUCAACCUGUUGCGUCUGUGAAGAACGACGUUCAAACGAGCUUAAGAUUUUAUCGACGCAUUGCGAACGGAAUGACGACGGCAAAUAAUAUAAGGAUUUAUCACCGUGUUGCAUCCUUGAAGGAUAAUGUCCUGCAAUCAAAGUCGAGGUUAAAUCAAAGCACUGUACUUGAGAAGCAAGAUGCGGCGGAAGAUGAUGCAAGGAUUUAUCAACCUAUUGUAUCUUUGAAGAAAGAUGUUCAGUCAAGCUUAAAGUUUUAUGAACGCAUUGUAUUCGCAAAUGAAGAUGGGAAGGAAGAUGAUGCAAGGAUUUAUCAACAGAUCUCUGGAGAUUGUAUCAAUGGUCGAAUUACUCCCGAUUGGUCAGCUGAUGUUGAUGUAUAUGGACUUCAAGGUUGUCUUUUGUUGUACAUUAUUGGAAUGUUCAUCUUCACUGCUCAUCGAAUUCGCCAAAAACUCAAGGCAAGCAGGAACAUUGCACAGAAAUCGAAUGUUGUUAAGCGUCGUAAAUUUGUCAUAUUGCUCAAGCUGUCAACCACUACAGCCUUAAGUUAUUGGUUUCCUCUCUUCAUAUCUAGAAUCGUGGAUUUUGAUUUCGACAUAAAGAAAGCGUUGUAUACUGUAACGUUGCUUACUGGUGCCUACAUUGGUACUGCGUUUGUCUUCACACGAAGAAAUUAUCAGUUGCUCAAGAAAAAAUACUUCCCACCAAACAAUAAGCCGCCAGUUAACGAAAUACCGCUGAAUAGACCAUAG